UACUUUAGGACCUGGUUCACCUUGGAGGAUCCAGACACACAGCAGUGGCUCCAGAUUGACCUAUUUUUCUGCUUUUUCCUCUGAUGACACAGACGUCUCCACAUCUGCUCCUUCACCAUGGUUGUUCCUGAAUCUCAGGACAAGUUGUUUCAUCCCCCCGAUGACCUGCAGAAGGAUGCUCAUGUCCCAGAUUUUAACUCAUAUCUAGAAAUCUACAGGAAGUCUCUGGAGGAUCCAGAAGCUUUCUGGAAGGAGGUCGCUGAUGAGUUCUUCUGGAAGAAGCCAGCCACAGGACCAAUGCUGCAGUACAACUUUGACGUUACAAAAGGCAGCGUAUACAUCAAGUGUAUGGAAGGAGCCAAAACCAACAUGUGCUAUAAUGUCCUGGACAGGCAUGUGAAGGAGAGGAACCUUGGUGAAAAGGUUGCCUUUCACUGGGAGGGAAACUCUCCAGAGCAUCAUCUGACCAUCACCUACCAGCAGCUGCUGAGCCGUGUCUGCCGCUGUGCAAAUGUGCUCAAGAAAAUGGGUGUGAAAAAGGGAGACCGGGUUUCCAUCUACCUGCCCAUGAUCCCAGAGCUCAUCUACACCAUGCUGGCCUGUGCCAGGAUAGGUGCUGUUCACUCCAUAGUGUUUGCAGGUUUCUCCUCCGAGUCUCUGUGUGAAAGGAUAAUGGAUGCUCAAAGCAGCGUUCUGGUGACAGCGGAUGGUGUUUACAGAGGAGAGAAGCUGAUCAACCUGAAGCAGAUUUCAGAUGAGGCUUUGGAGAAGUGUGGAGAAAAAGCACCAUGCAGUGUCACUAAAUGUCUGGUGGUCAACCACCAAGCUCCACGGACCAACAGUGGAACUCUAUGCAACAAACUGCUGACUCCCUGGGACACGAAGCGAGACCUGUGGUGGGACGAGGCCAUGGCAGACUCUCCUGAGGAGUGUGAACCUGAGUGGCUGGAUGCCGAGGAUCCUCUGUUUAUCCUCUACACAAGUGGCUCCACUGGAAAACCCAAAGGUGUUCUUCACACCACUGCUGGAUAUCUGCUCUACACUUCUCUGACCUUCAAAUAUGUUUUUGAUCAUCACCACGACGACGUGUACUGGUGCACAGCAGACGUCGGCUGGAUCACGGGCCACUCCUACAUCACUUAUGGCCCUCUUGCAAACGGUGCCACAAGUGUCCUUUUUGAAGGUGUUCCAGUCUACCCUCACGUUGGCCGCUUCUGGGAAAUCAUUGAGAAGUACCGAGUGAACAAGUUUUACACAGCCCCCACCGCCAUCCGCAUGCUCAUGAAGUACGGCCAGGAACCGCUGCAGAAGUAUGACCUGUCCACCCUGAGGAUCCUCGGCACAGUGGGCGAGCCCAUCAACCCCGAGGCGUGGCAGUGGUACUACGAGGUGGUCGGUCAGGGCAGAUGUCCUGUGGUUGACACUUUCUGGCAGACAGAGACGGGAGGACACGUUCUGACUCCUCUACCUGCUGCUACGCCUCUGAAACCAGGCUCUGCUACUUUUCCUUUCUUUGGAGUGGAGCCAACCAUCCUGAAUGAACAUGGGGAGGAGCUGGAGGGAGAAGCUGAGGGUUAUCUGGUUUUCAGGAGGCCGUGGCCCGGAAUCAUGAGAACUGUGUACAAAAACCACGAGCGCUUUGAAAGCACCUACUUUAGGAAAUUCCCGGGCUUUUAUGUGACGGGUGACGGCUGCCGGCGCGACAAAGACGGUUACUACUGGAUAACUGGGAGGAUAGACGACAUGCUGAAUGUUUCAGGCCACCUGAUGAGUACUGCGGAGGUGGAGGCAGCUCUGGCGCAGCACCCUGCAGUGUCGGAGGCUGCGGUGGUGGGUCGGCCCCACAAGGUGAAGGGGGAGUGUCUUCACUGCUUCGUCACCCUCAAAGACUGCAAGGAGUUCAACCAAAAGCUGGUGGAGGAGCUGAAGAAGCAGGUACGGGACAGGAUCGGACCAAUCGCCACUCCUGACUUCAUUCAGAACGCCCCAGCUCUGCCCAAGACCCGCUCAGGGAAGAUCAUGAGACGAAUCCUCCGCCAGAUCGCUCGCAACGAGACAGACUUCGGGGACCUCUCCACCCUGGCAGACCCUAAGGUGGUGGAGGUGUUGUUCAGCCAGAGGAGUGAGGCUGCAGCCUGAGCAACCUGCUCCUCCUGCAGCAACCACACUGAUGAAGACUAUUAAAGAGAGCUGGAUCUGCGUCAGUGCUUCCUCCUUUGGACUGAAUGACCUGCUGGGGGUGCAGACAGGAAGCUUUUCAGAAGAACAAAUGAGCAAUUUUGUUCAAAGUUUAGAGCUGUUGGAACAGCAGGAUCUAGUUUAUGUUUUUGAUUAAACACAAUUAAAUCAAACAGCUCAUUCCUGCUGGAUAUAUAAUGUCCAUUUUUAAAAAAUUGUUCUAUAUUUCUGUAGCCUGAGAAUAAAACAUGACAUUUCGCUGCGUUUGUUCUUCUGGCUCCGAGCACAGAAGCAGAACGUCGCCCUCCUGUGGGCAGACAGCUCCUCUGCAGUGAGCCUGAUGACUCACUGGGAAGUCUGGUUUUUCCUGCCAAAGAAUGUUGCCUGUUUUGUUGUCUCGUUUUGCACAAAAGCAACACACGGCUUGGAUUCAGCCAUCAGAGCAGCUCAUUGGACUCAAACAUGAGGGGAUUCUGUGGUAUCGGAAGAAGGUGGGAUUCUUGUGGAAUGACGUUUGACCUAAAAGAGAAGGAAGUAAAAGGUAAAGGUGUGUUUUCUUUGUUUUUCUUGCUCUGGGUUGUUCUAAAUGCUGUUCAGAUGUCUUGUGAUGUGUUGUGUUGGGGUUACGCUCAGACGCUGGUUAAGCCCUUUGUGUCUCUGCAGCAAUCAGAGCGCCUGGAUGAGGAGGACAAGGACAAGAGAGCUGAUGUUACAUCAACCCCCCCCCCCCCCCCCCCCCCCAGCAUCAUGAACACUAGUAACCAUGACAACGCCUUCUCCAGCACUGCCCCACCCUCCCCACUUCUCCCCCCGGUGUGCCCUCCUUUUCCAGAUGAUUCCAGCAGGAGUCUGCAGAUGUUUUGUAACUUGAUGAUUUUUUUUUUGUGUGCAAACAUUUCCUAUUGAAGCAGUAAAAAAAAGAAAAAAAAAACGUAAAAACGGUUAGGGAACAAAAACGCAACAACAAUGAUAAUAAUAAAACACAAAAAUAAUAAAUAGAAACUGUUUUUUUUUCUACAGAAACUGAUUUACUUUAAAUAAAAAAAAGCAAAACGUUUCAACAGACAUUCAACAGGUUUGGGAAUUUUAAAGUGAUGUAUGUGGAUGGGUGGAGAAAAGUGUCAGGUGUGAUGUGUGAUAGAGGAGUUUCUGCUGGAAUGAAAGGAAAGGUGUAGAAAACUGUGGUGAGAGCGACCGUGUUGUUGGGCCUAUAGAGACACUGAGGAAAAGACAGGAAGCAGAGCUGCAGGUAGCAGAGAUGAAGAUGCUGAGGUUCUCUCUGUGAGGAACCAGGAUGGAUCAGGAAUGAGGACAUCAGAGGGACAGCACAUGGAGAUAAAGUCAGACUGAGAUGGUUCAGACACGUCCAGAGGAGAGACGGUGAAUCUAUCGGUGGAAGGAGUCUAGAGCUCCCAGAGGUCUAGAGGAAGACCAGAGAGGAAGAUUCUGGAUGCAGAGAAGGAAGACAUGAAGGUAGCUGCUGUUAGAGGAGGCAGAAGACGGGGUUACAUGGAGGAAGAUGAUUGGCUGUGGCGACCCUUGAAGGGAAAAGCCCAAAGGAAAAGAUGUGAAUGUAAAAAAGAAUUUGAGUAGAUCUUCUAAAAGUAUUGUUACAUAAAUGUAAUUUGUGCUUCAUCACUAAAGUCAAAGGGAUCUUCCUCCUGCAGUGACAUCUGACUCUCAAAAAUCCUCUCUUUUGGGCUGCACAACCUUUAUGAUGAUCAAACAAACAAACAAACAAACAAAC